AUGGAGGUAUUAAGACGACUCUCGACCAUGAGAGUAUUAAGACGACUCUCGACCAAUGAGAGUCAUCCACAGAGGCAGUCAACCCCAGAGAGAGAUUCAACCCAGAGAAGACAGUUAACCCCAGGGAGGCAGUCAACCCAAGAGAACAGUCAGCGAGGCAGUCAACCCCAGAGGCAGUCACCCAGGGAGGCAGUCAGCCCCAGAGGCAGUCAACCCGAGAGGCAGUCAACCCCAGAGGCAGUCAACCCAGAGAGGCAGUCAACACCAGAGAAGCAGUCAACCCAAGAGAGACAGUCAACCCCAGGGGCAGUCCAACCCCAGAGAGGCAGUCAACCCGAGAGGCAGUCAACCCCAGAGACAGUGUGCCCCAGAGACAGUCAACCCCAUGGAAGCAGUCAACCCCAGAGGCAGUCAACCCCAGAGACAAUCAACCCCAGAGACAGUCAACCCCAGAGACAGUCCAACCCCAGAGGGCAGUCAACCCCAGAGCGGCAGUUAACUUCAGACAGUCAGCCCCAAGAGGCAGUCAACCACAGAGAGUCAGUCAACCCCAGAGAGGCAGUCAACCCCAGAGAGACAGCCAACCCCAGAGAGACAGUCAACCCCAGAGAGACAGUUAACCCCAGAGACAGUCAACCCCAGAGAGGCAGUCAACCCCAGAGAUGCAGUCAACUUCGAGAGACAGUUAACCCCAGAGGGACAGUCAACCCCAGAGACAGUCAACCCAGAGAGACAGCCAACCCCAGAGACAGUCAACACAGAGAGACAGUCAACCCCAGAGGGACAGUCAACCCCAGAGACAGUCCCAGAACAGUCGCCCAGAGAGACAGUCAACCCCAGAGACAGUCAACCGAGAGAGACAGUCAACCCGAGAGACAGCCAACCCCAGAGAGACAGCCACCCCCAGAGAGACAGUCAACCUCAGAGAGACAGUCAACCCCUGAGAGAAAGUCAACACCAGAAAGACAGUCAACCCCGAGAGAGACAGUCAACCCCAGAGAGACAGCCAACCCCAGAGAGACAGUCAACCCCAGAGACAGUUAA